UGCGGGGAGGAUGGAGACACAGCGCGAGCACCUGGUGUGGGGCGCGGAGGAGGCUGUGGCGGCCGGGAGCGGGGCCAGGAGACAGCGGAGGAGCAGAGCGCACGGUCCGCCCGCCGCCCGCCACUAGGGGAGGGGGGGAAAGGAAGGAAGGACGGACUGACGGACCUGCAGGCCGGACUAGCUCCCCACGAGGGCCCUCUCGGCCCCUGACCACCAGCCUUCCCGCCGCCUUCGCGGCUGCUGCUUCCUCUCCCGCCGCCCGUAGGGCCCCGCUGGGCCCUAGGGACGGGUCAGCGCCCCGGCCCCCGACGCCUUCCCGCGGCUCAGAGGCGGUGGCCGCCUCCCGCUCCCUCCCACGAACGGGGGGGAGGGACCGCUCUCGCCCCCGGUUCUCCCCGCCUCCUCCCCCGCCCUCCGCAGCCCGCUCCGCCGCCGCGCUCUGCUCACGCGGGCGGCGCUGACCCGGGAAGCAGCGCCUUCAGCUCCGCGAGCGGCCGGUGGAGGCGGAGGCAGCGGCGGGCUUCAGGCCGCCCGGGCCGGCGCUGCUCUGCCGAGCGGGAGCUCGAGGCCGGCGGAGGUGGGCGGUGAUGGAAGCGUGAGGAGGCGGUGGCGGGCCCGGGGACUGUGAGGCGGCGUGUGGCGGCGGCGCGGAGCGUGAGAGGCGAGGAGCGCGGGUGGGGGCGCUGGAGCAGCGGCUCUCCCGCGGCUUCGAGCCCCGCUCCCCUGCCCGCGACGCGGGAUUAGCCGCCCGCCCGUCGACCCUUCAUCUCAGUCCAACGCCGCUGCUCGGCCCGCCCUCGCGCUGGGAGCGGGUGCCGGGGGCAGCGUGGGGCUUGGCUUUCUGAUUCAUUCAUUCGCCGCCGCCGGCAGCCUCAGACCUGCGGUGCUCCGAAGAGAGGAGGGAAGACGGGCAGCCGCGAAUGAAGGGCCGGGCGCCAGCAGGGCUCCAUUGUGCUCGGCGGCGCGAGGCGGGAAGGGGCUGAGGGAGGUGGGAUCGGGCCCCCUCCCCCUGCUCCCCGGCGUGCGCUGCGCCCCCAGCCUGCUGCCAGCCUGGAAAUGGCUCCGUUUAUUCUCCUCGGGAGAAUGAAUCGAUCCUGCCCAGUCUUCUCUUCCUCCUCCCCACCUCCUCUCUGCUCCGAGUCUUAGGAGGGGAAACAUUUAAAAGACAGAUUCCAAUGUGGAGUGCCGUGCACAUCGCGAGCUGUUGGGUUUGCACUUCGAGGAGAUUUUUCUAUCUAGCUUUUUCUAACGUGAGCGCAGGGAAGCAGUGGCAUGACUGCUUUUAGGAUUUUUAUUUUCUCGUAGGGAUCUGUAAAGUGCACGUCGCAUUGGGUUACAUGCUCCACCCCCAAGGGAACUGGUGUGGUGGAGAAAUUUGAACCCGCAGCCUUAGUAGCACCAAAAGGCCGAGUUACCUGGCUCUCCCCGAGUGUCUAGGAGGACAUGAGCGAAAUGACCACCGAACUCAUUUUUUAUAGGACUCGGUGAAGCUGGAUUCUGCGUUUCCGACAGACACGUAGACUCAUUUUGUGGAAUAGAGUUGACCGCUGUCUCCUCCGCGCAGCAUUUUAACUCUAAUAAGCAAAUGCCACCUCUGCUUGAACGUUUUGGUAUUUACGAGAGAGAAGUCCUUUUACCUAAGGGAACUAAUUGAAUUGUCAAGCACCACUGAAAUACCUCCAGAAAAGGAUCUCGGGGGGUGGAAAAGCAACUGCGAAAUAGCAGACGGAGAAAUUCCUUUGGAAGUUAUUCUGUAGCAGAAGAGCAGAAACUUCAGAGCAAGUUCUCAUUGGGCAAAAUGGGGGAACAACCCAUCUUCAGCACUCGAGCUCACGUCUUCCAGAUUGACCCAAACACAAAGAAGAACUGGGUACCCACCAGCAAGCAUGCAGUUACUGUGUCUUAUUUCUAUGACAGCACAAGAAAUGUGUAUAGGAUAAUCAGUUUAGAUGGCUCAAAGGCAAUAAUUAAUAGCACCAUCACCCCAAACAUGACAUUUACUAAAACAUCUCAGAAGUUUGGCCAGUGGGCCGAUAGCCGGGCAAACACUGUUUACGGACUGGGAUUCUCCUCUGAGCAUCAUCUUUCAAAAUUCGCAGAAAAGUUUCAGGAAUUUAAAGAAGCUGCUCGACUAGCAAAGGAGAAAUCACAAGAAAAGAUGGAACUUACCAGUACACCUUCACAGCACCUGGCAACCACCCUUCUACUUUCUGUCUCUGAAUUUGACUACUCUAGUUCAGCAAUCAGCAAACAUUGGGAGGCUGAACUGGCUACCCUCAAAGGAAAUAAUGCCAAACUCACUGCAGCCCUGUUGGAGUCCACUGCCAACGUGAAACAAUGGAAACAGCAACUAGCUGCGUAUCAAGAGGAAGCAGAACGUCUGCACAAGCGAGUGACUGAGCUUGAAUGUGUUAGUAGCCAAGCAAAUGCAGUGCAUACCCAUAAGACAGAAUUAAAUCAGACAAUACAAGAACUAGAAGAGACGCUGAAAGUGAAGGAAGAGGAAAUAGAAAGAUUAAAACAAGAAAUUGAUAAUGCCAGAGAAUUACAAGAACAGAGAGACUCUUUGACUCAGAAACUCCAGGAAGUAGAAAUUCGGAACAAAGACCUGGAGGGACAGCUGUCUGACUUAGAGCAACGUCUGGAGAAAAGUCAGAAUGAACAAGAAGCUUUUCGCAAUAACCUGAAGACACUCUUAGAAAUUCUUGAUGGAAAAAUAUUUGAACUAACAGAGUUACGAGAUAACUUGGCCAAGCUACUAGAAUGCAGCUAAGAAAAGUUAAAUUUCAGUGCCAAUUGAUUAAAAAAUACACUGUCUCUCUUCAUAGGACUGUUUGGGCUCUGCAUCAAGAUCGCACAAAAAAAUUGAAUAUCAUUCCUCCUCCAGGAGGAUGAUCUUUUGAAAAUUGGAAUUGUAUAUUUCAGUGUAAAUUUUAGAAUUCAGCUUGUAGCUAGUUGGGGAAAAAAAAAAGAGAUGAAAACUUGAACUACAAAUUACCUCCAUGUAUAUUAUUGGCCAUAGUUAACUAGAAAGUUAUAAAUAGACACUUAAUGCAAUCUUUUUUUUCUGAUAUUAGCCAAUGGGAGAAUUAACAAUGUCUGGGUCACAUCCCCUUUUUGUGUUCAACACAGUGAAGGUUAUCUGCUUCUUAAAUUAAUUUAUUUAUGAUAUCUAAAGCUGUGUUUUGUGCAAAAACUUAGUGACGAAAGCCCUGUCUUCUGUUGUAAUCUGAAUAAUUUCUCAGGAUAUUUUUGCACUGCUAAGAAGCAGUGCCAUUACCAAUUAAUUCUUGCCAGGAGUGAGAGAGAGCUGUAUCUUUAAUUGAAACAUACUUAACUAGAACUGGGUGUAUAGAGUUCUUCCCUUUUUUUAUACUGGAAGAUAUUUCACUCGGUGACCACUCUGGUACACUCUGGUGUUCUUUAAUCUUGUCUGCUGUAUAGUUUACUUUUCCACAUUGAUUCCAUGUAUUUAUGAGAAGAUAUUGUCUCCCAUUUUAUUACACAUUUUAAAGCCAACUAACGAAGGCAGCUGAGUCCCUCAGAAAUUUUUCUUUUUAAAUUUCUAAUAAAUUUGACACACAGUACUGAAAUACAGCAGCCCGUCAUUGACGGUCUGGUCUAGCAAUGUUAAGUAUAUUUACAGAAUAUGCAGUUACAUUUAUUUAUAUAUUUUGCAAGAAAUCUUUUCUGAAUGAUCAAUGCAUUUCAAUUUACAAAUAAUAAUGGUUACUGGGGAACUGUUUAUUAUAGAUCAUUUUAAGGUGUAUAGCAAUUUUAAAGGGGAUCCAUUUCCAUCAAACAGCCAAUCAGAGGACUGUGGGGGUUGGAGCCGUGUACUCUGUCUGGGUCUUCACAUCAACCACAUCUCUAGUCAAACCUCACAAGGCAAUAUUCUGAACUGUUAACUAGGCAUUUCAAAACAAGAAUUCAACAGGCUCUUCUCAAUGAACAAGUUUUAAUGUUGUUUUGAUGUAAUUUUAAAAGACUUUUAGCAAACAUGCAUUUCUUUCUAUAUUUCUUUGAAGAAGCUAUUUUAAAAGUGAGCCAAGUGCUGUCUAGUCUGCUUAUGGAGUUAGGAAUGCAUCAGAGUCCAUAUAUCUUUGCUGUACAAUGCCUGUGAUGUUGAGGAGGGUUCUUUUUUAAAGUGUAUGCUUGAGUAUCUGACUCUGUGGAGUCUACGAAUGCACUGACUUUGUUUGUACCCCAAAACAAUUGAAUUGUUAAGUACAAAAUUAAGCUAAUUAAUCGAUUUGUAACCAUUUUUUCACUCACAAACAGCAACGCAACACUAGACAAUUUUGUUUUAUAUAUGUAUGUGUAUGUAUGUAAAUACAUACAUAUUAAUUUAUAUUAGAGUGAAAAAUAAAUGGUUUGUUUCUAAAGUUAGUUUCUAAAGUGAGUUUUCAGGUGUCUCUGAAAAGUUUAUAUCAGACACUUAAUCAUCAUGUAUUAUAUGUGCUAUAACAUCAUGUAAGUUACCUCCAUCUAUUUUAGGAUAUUUUCCUCACCUGUUUAUUAUAGGGAGGAUAAUUUAGGUACACAAGCUCAGAGCUGAGAUAUUUCUCUGAUAAAUCAGGUAAUAAAACUAUUUGAUUGAUGGAAUUUUGAAGUAGAUGUGAUUUUAUCCAUCAGUUUCUGAGUAAUAAAGAGCACCAGAUUUUAAUUUAAAUAGGGGAUUUAACACUAGGGAUCAGGGAAUUUAGUUAUGAAGAGUUAAAAAUUAAAAAAAAAAACAGUAUAAGCUAUUGAAAUGGUAAGUGAAUUAUUUUAAUGAUGUAAUAAGAUAUUUUUAAAUUUUGACAUAGUUGUCAUUUAAUGGGAAAAUAACUCACCAAAAUGUCUCCACUUGAGUUGUACUGAUAUGUGAGACAUGUGUGUAAUUCAAUAUAUACAUAUACCCAUAUGUAUAUACAGAAAAUUAUUUUUAAUAUUUUCCUACUGAUAAGAAAUUUAAAAUUGGAAAUUUUGUGAGUUUUUUCCUUGUCCAAUAAGGCCUAAUUUUUUUUCUUUUUUUAGGGAUUUAACAACUUGAGGGCUGCACCUUUAAAUUCCCAGAUUGUCUUUAGACGUGUACAGUAUAUGGGAUAAGGUGGACACAAGUGCACAUAUAAAUAAAAUCUUCUUAGUAAGACUGUUUUCAGUAUUCAUUUACAGUAGGAGAGUAUCUAGAAAUCGUCAUCUACAAGUCAUAAUUAGGUUGUGUGCCUACUGUAGUUUUCUCCAUUUCUGUAUUAUAGAAAUAAAAGUUUGCAUAUUAAAAUUUGAUUUUUCCCAGAGACAAGUAUUAUAUGAUGUAUCUAUAUUUAGAUCAAACUGUGGUAAUAUAUUUAUCAGAAAAUGAUGCUGGGGACUGUAGCCUGAACAUGGACUUGAAGUGACGCAGAAAAGGAGAGCAGAGAUCGAUCCCAUUGUGUAUAAGUUACUAUAUGAUAAUUAUGAAUUCUUGUACAAAAAACAACUGAAAAAAAGGAAAAACAAAAAUACAGUUUUUAUUUUGAAAUACA